GCUGCGAAAAAGCUCCAGGGUUCUCUCUGUCCAUAUAUACCUUCGAUGAACCACUCCCCAACCCUGGUCAUGUGCUUUUCAUUCUUGCCUUAUGUUUUUGUUUUGCUUAUUCACCUGGGGCCUUUGCCUGUCCUUGUCUGCUGAUUCACAAAUUGACCGUCAUUUUCUUUUGUAUUAUUGGAGUCGUUUUCAUUUCUUGUUUUUUUUUUUUUAUUAUUGCUCAGAUUAUCCUGACCAUUACUUUCAUCAUCCUCAUUCGGCUUCUUAUCUACUUCAGCCCUGUAUCCUCGCUUCUUGCGACUUCCGCGUAUUUAUUUCUUAUUUCCUUUUUUCCCUUUCAUGUAUUAGUCACGUCUCUGACACUGACGCCUUCGGGCUCUUCUAUGACAAUAGGUCUCCUCCAACAUCGAAACGAAUUAAGACCUCCGUCCCCGCCAACGCACCAUCCCAUCUGUUAGCUCCGCAACAAGUCAAUCCCUACUCACGAGUGCCUUCAUACGAGGGCAUUCCUAUGCCCCAAACUCAGAUUCCUCCGCCGAACCCGCGCAAACGCCGUGCUUCGCCCCAAGCAGGCACCACCGCGGCCAUGCCAGCUUCAGGCGCGACCGGAGCCGGAGGCGAGCCCGGGCAUGAACAGGGGUCUGGAGUACCAGAGCCUACACCGAAGAAAAAAGGAAGGACCAAUACUCCCUGGACUGCAGAAGAGGAACAGCGGUUGAAGACUAUGCGCGAUGCUGGACGCAGCUGGAGCGAAAUUGCCAAGACUUUCCCCACUCGGACCGAGGGAAGUGUCAAGAAGCAUUGGUAUAAGGACAUGCACUACGCUGAAUUUGCGGAAGAUGAGUCUGUAGCGCUUCGCGAUGCGAUCAAAGAAUACGAGGCGAACAAGUGGAAAGUAAUCGGGCAGAAAGUUGGGAAGCCAGCCAAGGCCUGUGAACAGUAUGCGAAAGAACAUUUCAAGGACCUCUAGAGUUUACGAAAGAUGACGACGUGAUGACUAUCUGCAUAUUCUUGCCCACUGGUCGAUCCAAGGCAUGAGAUAUGACUUAAGCUGAUCUGAGCC